GUGACCAAAACCUCCAGUGAUGGAAACCUUGGGUGGCGGGCAAGGUCACCAGAGGUUGCUGUUUAGGUCUCCUACGUGGGACAGGGGCUUAACUUAGCAGGUCCGCUAGCAUCUCUGGAGAACGCAAUUAGGUAACAUUUCAAGUUUCAAACCUUCGUCAUACUGGCCUGAAGAAGGGACUGGACCUGAAACGUUACCUAUCCAUCAUCGCCAGAGAAGCUGCCACAGUUACUCCAGCACUUUGUGUCCUUUUGUGUUUCACAUUUGUUCAUGGUUUCCUUGAUAUUUCUGUUCUCCUGGUGCUGCUCUAAAGCUCUGGGCAUAUAUUUUCCUCAAUCCUUUGCUACUUUUCCUAUACCAUUUAUUCCUUCUCCAUGUUGUUUUGCUUUAGCGUUAUUCCCCUUGUCCUCCCAUGUUCCUAUCCUUUUCCAUUUUCACCUGUCCUUUGUUCUAACCUGAAUGAACCUGUUGCCUUGCUGUUGUUCUUCUUGGUCCAAAAAUUCCCCUGAUAUUCUGAAUGGGUUCUCUUCUCUCCCUUUUAUUCUUUGGUACUUACUGUUUUUCUUUGUUGCAGUUUCACAAUUGCACUCCAUUUCCUUAAACAGAUUUCCCCUCCCCUUUAACCACCCCUAUUGUUCAUUCAUUACUUCCCACAGUCUUUUUUGCUUUGUCAUAUGCUUUCAAGUGAUCCCCUCCAUUAGCUUCUCUGUCCCCUAUUGUUGACUGAUCCCACUGCUCACACAUUUACUCUCCCAAUAAAAACAGAAAAUGAUGGAAAGUUUCAACAGAUCAUGUUGUAUUUGUGGAAGGAAACACAUGGUUAACAAUUUAGUCCAAUGAUAUUUCAUCAGGGCUGGAGAUAAAGAGAUAAAGCAAGUUGUAAGAUGCUAAUGACUGAAGGAAGUGAGACAGAAUGUUCAUGAUAGGUUGAAAGACAUGAGAGUUUAAACGGUAAUAAGGAUGAUAAUAGUCUGGAUAAAUAAGUUGAGAACCUGAAAGGAAAAUGUAAAUGGAAUAGCUAAAUCACACUUGAGUCUGGAAGGAUAUAAUAGGCCCAGUGGACAGAAGAGGUGCAGUACUAAAGCUUAUAGUGAACAUCAAUGGAUCAGCACAGAGAACUAAGCACGAAGGACAUGGAAUUUGGAAGAGACCAGGUGGUUUGAACUAAGCUUGCCAUAAAAGUGAUCAGUUAAUUUUCAUUUUGUCUCCUCAAAAUAGAAGAGACCAAGUUUUGACCAGCAAGUACAGUAUGCUAAAAUGAAAUAUGUAUGAGUUCACCUGAAAAAGCUUUGGAUGUGGGAAGGAGGAAAUUAAGAGGAAUGUUGCAACUUCUAUGUUGGCACAGGAGGGUGCUGUAGGAAGAAGUUGUACUACUCGUGAUUCAGGAAGUUAAGGAGGUAAUGGUCCCUUGGGAUAACAGCAUAAAAUGCUGGAAAUUCUCAGCUGAUCAGGCUGUGUUGUGAAGAGAGAAAUAGCUGACAUUUCACGUUGAUGACUUUUCAUCAAAGAAAACCUCUCUUUCCACAAUGGCUACCUGGCCAGAUGAGUAUUUCCAGUAUUUUCAUCUCAGAUUUCAUCUGCAGUUGUUGUUACUUUUUCAGGUAUUUGGAAUAUUGGAAGGAAAUAGGAAGAUGUGUUUUGUGAUGGUAAAGAAUGAUCUUUCAAAUGUGAAUGCUGGUGGGGUGGAAGCACAUGGCUUGGGCAGAGAAGCAAGGAUGAGUGCUGAGUUGUAAAAAACUGGCAUAGUAGAAAAUUGGAAAAAGACCAUGUAAAACAUGACCCCUAUCACUAGUGUCCUUUAAGGUACUAUAUUUUUUUUUAAAAAGCUGAAUAUUGGAUAGAUAUGUGAGAGUUGAAAGGAGGAUAGGUGAGGGAUUUGCAGAAAAAUGAUGGUGUGUAGGGAGAGAAUGGGAGUAUAGAAGAGGGAUAUGUAAACUUCUCAUCCUCCUAAUCUGUGGUGUUAUUCUAUUGUCCAAGCCUUUCUCCAUCCCCCUCCCCCACUCUCCAAUGUUCUCAAUUUCUGUUCUCCACUCAUCAUUCUGUUCCCCCACUCAAGAUGAUAUUUCUAUUUGUUCAUCUUCCCCUGUCUUCCAACCCAGGUUCUAUGCAUUGGACUCUUUCUACUCUCUGUUCAUUCCAUCCUCUCCUUGCACAUUGCCUUGCUUUCUUUGCUCUCUUCUGUUUCCAAACCCCCUCCUUCAAACUUUUACCAAACUUUCUGCUUACCCUUCCUCCUUUUACUCUAUUUUCUUCACAUUGUUCUGUUCUGUCUUGUGCCAUCCGCUCACUCCCCUUUUUUCUUUUCCACCUUAUCCAUCCAUUAUCCCUAUGUCACUGCCAACUCCCCCCCCCCCCCUUUCCCAUCUUCCCAGUUGCCUCUGCCUUUGAUUCUUAUCUUCUUGUUUCCUUCACUUUUCAUUCCUCUCUCCAAUCCUUUCUCCAACCUACCCUUUCUAACUUUCCCUCACCCUCCAAAUUAAUCCUGUUCAUCUUGUAUCCACCACCAUCUAUGUACUGGCUAAUUGUCUUUCUCUCUCCUCGCCCCCCUCCCGUCCAACCUCCAUCCUGUCUGAUGCUCCAGCCUUUCCCCUCCACACCAAACUGUUUCUUGAUUUAAGCCCUCCUAAUUCCAGAUUCUCCUAAUUCCUUCUCUCUUACAUCUCACCUCCCUCCUAGCUGUAACCCCCCCCCCUCUUAAUCUCUUCAUCCUCCCAACCACCCCCUCCUUGAUCACCCUUUCCAUUCCAACUCCCCUGCUCCUUUCCAUUUUAGUUCUUCACAUCUGCCUACACCUUCUCUCUAUUUUAUUCCCAUUCUCCCAUGGUUUGGUGGUAUUUAUGUGUAGUGUUGUCUGAUUUGAUUGGAUGGCAUGCAAAACAAUGCUUUUCCCUGUAGCUCGGAACACGUGACAAUAAUAAUAAUAAACCUACCUAUACAUGGAGGCAGUUAACGUGAAGCAGAUGGUUGGCGAUAAGCAGGCUCCGCCUAGCAACAAGCGAGGAGGGGCCGGUGGUGGCCUCGGCUUCUCCACCCGAUGUUCCACCUUUCAUUCGCUUCAUGUUGCUUCCUUGUCUGUUGGACCAUUGAGGUCGGACUCGGGGUUACCAGGGAAGCCGACGAGCUUGGGGAAAACGCGGCUCUGGGACUUUUAAUUGCAGAAAAAAGCUUUUGGAUUCGCUGGGAAGUCAGACAGGAGUGCUCGGAAGAACGAGGCAGGCGGAUGACUGAGGGUCUGGCGCUUUGCGGCUGCCUGGCUUAGGGCGCGGCGAUGAGCGGGCACGCGGGCUGGUGCAGGGGCCGCCAGGCCAUUCGGCGCUGAGGCGCCGCAGCCACCGCCACCGCCACCAUCGCCGCCGCAACAGCAGCAGCAGCAGCAGCACGGACCCCAUGGGUUUGUCACGGUGCGCUUCUGGAGUCGAAGAAACCGUCUAGCGCAAAGGUAGCCACACACAGCUUUUGGUUCACUGAAUUAUGGAAAUUUUGUGGAAGACGGUGACUUGGAUUUUGAGCCUAGUCAUGGCCGCUUCGGAAUUUGACAGUGACACAAGGCUUUCUUACAGUUCUCAAGAGGAAUUCCUUUCUUACCUUGAACAUUAUCAGCUAACGGUUCCUGUCCGAGUGGACCAUAACGGAGAUUUCCUGAACGACAGCAGCGGGAACAACUAUAAGCAUUCGAGGCGAAGGAGAAGUUCGGAUGUUCCACCCCGAGAUCCAACCGAUACUAAAUUAUUUUACAGGCUGUCCGCCUAUGGAAAGCACUUUCAUUUAAACUUAAGUUUAAACACUAAAUUAAUCUCCAGACAUUUUAUCGUAGAAUAUUGGGGGAUUGAUGGUCCACAAUGGAAACACGAUUUUAUUGAUAACUGCUAUUACGUGGGAUAUGUAAAACAUGAGCACAGCACUACACAAGUGGCUUUAAGCAACUGCAAUGGCCUGCAUGGUGUUAUUGUAACAGAAGAGGAUCAGUAUUUCAUUGAGCCAUUACAGAAUAUAUCUAUGGACUAUAACAGUGACUUUACAUAUGGCAAAGGCCACCCUCAUGUUGUUUACAAGCGUUCCUCCAUUCGACCAAGACAUCAUACCAACAUGUCAAAGUGUGGCGUUCCAGAAGACCACACACGAAGAAGAAAGCCCUGGUGGUUAAAUGAUCUCUCAGCUGUUCCAACCUCGUUGCCAAAUAACAAAACUACAAAUAGUCCCCAUCGACAAAAGAGAUCAGUAAGCCUUGAACGCUAUGUGGAAACUCUGGUAGUGGCAGACAAAAUGAUGGUGGGAUACCAUGGUCGUAAGGAUAUCGAACAUUAUAUCUUGUCUGUAAUGAAUAUUGUUGCCAAACUUUACCGUGAUUCCAGUCUAGGAAAUGUUGUGAACAUUAUUGUCACUCGUCUGAUUGUUCUUACUGAAGAUCAGCCAAACUUGGAAAUAAAUCAUCAUGCAGACAAGUCCUUGGACAGCUUCUGUAAAUGGCAGAAAAGCAUUCUUUCUCACCAAAAUGAUGGAAACACCAUUCCAGAAAAUGGGAUUGCUCAUCAUGAUAAUGCUGUUUUAAUUACUAGGUAUGACAUCUGCACGUAUAAAAAUAAACCUUGUGGAACCCUGGGCUUGGCCUCAGUGGCUGGAAUGUGUGAGCCUGAGCGGAGCUGCAGCAUCAAUGAAGAUAUUGGCUUAGGUUCAGCAUUCACAAUUGCACAUGAGAUUGGUCACAAUUUCGGCAUGAACCAUGAUGGAAUUGGAAACUCCUGUGGGACGAAGGGUCAUGAAGCAGCAAAGCUCAUGGCAGCUCACAUUACUGCCAACACCAAUCCAUUCUCCUGGUCUACAUGCAGCAGAGAUUAUAUCACCAGCUUUUUGGAUUCUGGGCGUGGAACUUGCCUGGAUAAUGAGCCACCGAAGCGUGAUUUCCUUUACCCAACAAUAGCACCAGGACAGGUGUAUGAUGCUGAUGAACAAUGUCGCUUCCAGUACGGUACUACAUCACGACAGUGUAAAUAUGGGGAAGUGUGCAGAGAGCUGUGGUGCCUCAGUAAGAGCAAUCGAUGUGUAACCAACAGUAUCCCUGCAGCUGAAGGUACCCUCUGCCAGACAGGAACUAUUGAAAAAGGGUGGUGUUAUCAAGGCGAAUGUGUACCUUUUGGUACUUGGCCUCAGAGUGUAGAUGGGGGCUGGGGACCUUGGUCCAUAUGGGGAGAAUGCAGUAGGACAUGUGGGGGAGGAGUCUCCUCAUCUCUGAGACACUGUGACAGUCCAGCGCCUUCGGGUGGAGGGAAGUACUGCCUUGGUGAACGGAAACGGUAUCGUUCGUGUAACACAGAUUCAUGUCCGAUUGGAUCGCGAGACUUUCGUGAAAAGCAGUGUGCAGACUUUGACAACUUACCUUUCCGUGGCAAAUAUUACAACUGGAAGCCGUACACUGGAGGUGGUGUUAAGCCAUGUGCUUUAAACUGCUUGGCUGAAGGAUAUAACUUUUACACUGAACGGUCUCCUGCAGUCAUUGAUGGAACUCGCUGUCAGGCAGAUUCACUGGACAUCUGUAUCAAUGGAGAAUGCAAGCAUGUGGGCUGUGAUCACAUUUUGGGCUCUGAUGCAAAAGAAGACAGAUGUCGUGUUUGUGGGGGUGAUGGAAGCACUUGUGAAGCAACAGAAGGUUUAUUCAAUGAUUCAUUGCCUCGUGGAGGGUAUCUGGAAGUCGUUCAAAUUCCAAGAGGAUCGGUCCAUAUAGAAAUCCAGGAACUAGCAAUGUCAAAAAACUAUAUUGCUUUGAAAUCUGAAGGUGAUGACUAUUACAUAAACGGUGCCUGGACCAUUGACUGGCCAAGAAAAUUUGAUGUUGCUGGCACCGCUUUCCAUUACAGGAGACCUGCAGACGAGCCAGAAUCUUUGGAGGCAUUAGGGCCCACCACAGAAAAUUUAGUUGUUAUGGUACUUCUACAAGAACCAAAUCAGGGGAUUCGCUACAAGUUUAACGUUCCAAUCACUCGUACUGGUAGUGGUGAUACAGAAGUGGGAUUUGCCUGGCAUCAUCUAUCAUGGUCAGAAUGCUCAGCCACCUGCGCUGGAGGUGCACAGAAACAAGAGGUAGUUUGUAAAAGAUUAGAUGACAAUUCCAUUGUCCAGAAUAGUUACUGUGACCCUGAGAGUAAACCACCAGAAACACAGAGAGCUUGCAACAUAGAGCCGUGUCCACCAGAAUGGUUCAUUGGAGAUUGGUCAGAAUGCAGCAAAACAUGCGAUGGUGGAAUGCGUAUCCGAACGGUAUUGUGCAUUAGGAAAAUUGGACCUUCUGAGGAAGAAACCCUAGAUGACAGCCACUGUCUCACACACAGGCCUAUUGAGAAAGAGCCCUGUAACAAUCAGUCCUGCCCCCCACAGUGGGUUGCGUUGGAUUGGUCUGAGUGUACUCCAAAAUGUGGCCCAGGAUUUAAGCAUCGAAUUGUUUUGUGCAAGAGCAGUGACCUGAGCAAGACUUUCCCGCCCUCCCAUUGUUCUAAUGAAAACAAACCUCCGGCCCGAAUUCGCUGCAGCCUCGGGCGAUGCCCACCUCCACGAUGGGUCAUGGGAGAAUGGGGUUUGUGUUCUGCACAAUGUGGUCUUGGCCAGCAAAUGAGGACAGUGCAAUGUCUUUCAUAUACUGGCCAGCCAUCUACUGAGUGUCCUGAAGCCCUUCGACCACCCUCAAUGCAGCAGUGCGAGAGUAAAUGUGAUGCUACCCCUGUCGCCAAUGCAGAAGAAUGCAAAGAUGUGAACAAAGUGGCUUACUGCCCACUGGUGCUGAAGUUCAAGUUCUGCAGCAGGGCGUACUUUAGACAAAUGUGCUGUAAGACCUGCCAAGGACACUGACCCAAAGCAAGCCUUGUUAAUUCUAUCAUGGAAAACGUGCCUGCCCUGAAUUCAACAAGGAACGGGAUUUGAUGUCCCACAAACUCUACCCUGUGGAAAUGGUAACCACUGGUCAGCUUCAGCUGACAAUAAUUUGCUGUUAUUUUAACUUCUGUGAAGUGGGAUUUUUUUUUUACUAAGGUGCUGGACACAGAGCGGAGGAGAUGCCAGUUCUAAGUUUUCUGCUCAGCAACAUGAAAAUCACUCAGCUGUUCAGGACACGCACGUUCACUUGAACAAAUUGAAUAGUUGGUUCAUCUCCAGGGACCAGAAAGUUAAUGUAAUAUAUAUUGGACAUAAAUAAGAGAGAACAGUUUGUAUAUGUUCAAAGGCUGAUAAGGCAGAAAAUAAUUAUUAUCUGAGCUUGCCUAGCUAAAUAAAAAUGGACAGAUAUGAUUUCAACACACGUUAGGAACAAUUACAAUUAUUUAUCUCUCACAGUGACCAAAAUAAGUUUUAUAGUAUCAACAGAUAAGUUAUUUUUAAAAUAAAACCAAAAAUGGAACAUAUUUCUUCUCUACAUGGUGCUACAUUCCUAGUUCUUUCCACCAAAAUUCCUAUUUUCAAGGCUAAGUGGUUUAGAAAAAAAAUGAUACCCCAACACUGGAAAUGUCAGUCAGAAUUACUCCAUUUAAUAAAUGAAAGAGAAUUGAAGCAUUAUUCUAGUAAAGAUGCAGGAAUGCAUCCAAAUCGAUGAAGGUUUCUUGCUGCCAACCAGAGUUCAAAUUAAAUUGUGUUCUAAAUAACAUUAACAUCUUUCAAUUUGCCAUUUUUUUAAACAAAUUAAUUGAAGCAUGGGUGUUUCUUUUACCAUUGUGAAGUAAGAAAUGCAGAGAUCAUGCACCAAACUGCCACACUCCCAAUAUAAAUAGAAAUGCCCAGAGCCUGAAAUGUACUGCUCCAACUGCUCUUGCUUACACCACUGGUUUUGGAGUGGCUUUGACCACACAGGCACCGAGUUGCUUAAAGCAGGCUCUGUUCAAGCAGUUCUGGAUGCGACCACCAUGUAAUACACAGACAGACUAUCUACUUUGAAACCAGGCACACCUUUCAAGGAAGCUUGUAAUAAAAAAGGACAAAAAUCUCCAGAUACUUCUCUCUUUCAAAAGAAUAUUUCAGAAAGAGAAAAUAUAAAUGGUUAGAAUAUUUAGUCGCACUACUCUCAGCAGGAAUAUUAGCAAUACAUUAAGUUUAGAUUUGACAAUAUAUUGUUUACCUGAAUAAUAUUUAAAUGUGAAACCACAUAGUAUUUGUACACUAAAGGUAAAAAAACAUACAUGAUUCCAAAGCCCAGUGCUUGUAAGAUAAGUGGCCUAGCUUGAUUAAAGACAAUAUGGAGAUAAUAAAAGAGGAUACUUGUUCAUAUUACUACAGUACUUGAACACUUACAGAUUGCAACAGGUACUUUAAUGAAUGUGCAUUUGUUUUGAACUGUGCCUCUUUUGUCUAGUGCAAUGAACCUAUCUUAAGUGAGAAUAUUUGUAAAUCAUUGUGUACAAAAUCCAUUAACAUGCAAAACGGGGCACUUUUCAUCAGUUAAGUGAGAUUCUGUAGAUUUUGAAUGAAACCAAUGUUUAGUAGAGUACAUUUAUUUUCAUUUCAAAGGAAUUAUUUUAAAGUCAUUUUCGUGAAAAAUUUUGAUUUUUUUUUAAAUAAAGAAAACUAACUAGCUAAUUAUACAUCAGCUAAAAUAUUUAAUCAGCAAGGAUGUGAUUUGUUAUACAAAAAUGUACAAGCUGGCAAUUUCAUCUGAGGACAGCCUGCACCAGGAAAUUGUCAUUUUGCAUAUUUGUUUAUGAAGUCAUAGGUAACGAGAAAACCUUUCAGAUAUAAAUGCAGAACGACAUAAUUUUUGACAAUCUAUAUUGGAUGAUGUGCUGUACACUCAAUUAUAACCACGAAAAUCUUGUCUGUCAUCUACUACCUCUCGACAGUAUUUUUAAACUGCUUUGGUCCACAAUACAACUGGCCAGGUCAACAUGGUGCUAGUUCAAAUGCCUAUCACUGGGCUUGCAACAAACUAGUUCCAUAUAUUGGACAUCCUUUUGAAUAAACUAACUUGGUGCUGUUAUGCCUUGAGAAAUCUGAGCUUCGUAAAGGGAACAGUGCUAUGACAAUCCCAAGAAUCAGUGCUUAGUACUCCAGGGCAUGAGUGUGUUAAUCAGUUAAUGUUUCAUUUCAACAAGGAACUAUGCUUAAAGAUCUCCUCUUUACCUCAACUUAGGUAUUAACAUUGCAGAGACUUGUUUCCAUGGAUUGGUUUUUUAUUUUGUCUUGUGGUACUGGUGCUAUAUAACCAGGGAGUUGAAUGUAUUAUCUACACUAUAGGACAGCACUGACAGUGGAAUUAAUGCAACUCCCUCAAGGAAUGUGGAUAACAUUAUUAAAGGGAACAGGAUGCAUUAAAAAAAAAAAAAGAAAUUAAGAGGAAGAGAAAUUUCCGAAUGGGACCCAAACAAACAGAACCAAAAUUGGACCAGAAAGUGUUCAAAUAGCACAGUUUUUUGCUGCUGCUACUGUGUAGCCACCUUACUAUCAAAAGCUGAAUCCUUUCUGUAGUUUUCAAGCUGAUAAGAGUUAAUUGUGCAAGCUGUAAAGAAGUUUGACAGGCCUGCCAUACUGAGAAGAACAGUACAUUGUAACCAGUACAAUGAAGAGCCCAAGGCGCACACUGCAGUAUUAUCAGCAUCUGCUCAUACAGACUAAGAAAGGGCUUGUUCACAGAAAUACCCCCAAGGUGCAUACUUCAUGGAGUGGUACAUUUAAUUAUGGACUGUAUUAAUCACUGAAUGUCACAUAAAUAUCCUUAUUCAGAAUGGAAAUAGCAUUGUAUUAUUGUGAUUAGUUGCUUAUAUUUUACAUUCAGUAUUAAUGUGGUACACUGUUAUUAAAUAUUUCCUUUUUUGUAAAUUAUAUGCUAAUUUAUUGCCAUGUUUCAUGACACUUGUUCUCCAUUCAUUUCACUACGUAUAUAGAAAGUUAAUACUAAAUCCAGUGAAAUGGUGUUCCGUAUUUGUGACACAGGACUUUUUUCUUAGGUAAUUUAAAACAAUAAAAGUGCAGCUUCUAAACAUAGUAAAA